UCACACAUUUGUGCUUGUGCUAGUGGGAGAGUGGGGGAAGCGCGUGUGGUCGUGUGGUCGGUGUGGUGUUUGGUGUUGGCUAGCUGCAACGCUUUGCCUGGCCAAGAAGAUAAUUUAGUUCUAAUCAAAUACUUUUGAAGGCAUAGAAGUCGUCAUGGGUCGUCCAGGAUUCUCUCCUGCUGGAGGUCGUGGUGGUGGUGGCCGGGGGUUCGGAGGUGGCCGUGGAGGUGGCCGGGGGUUCGGCGGUGGCCGCGGCGGUGGUGACCGUGGAGGAUUUGGAGGUGGCCGCGGUGGUGGAGAUCGUGGAGGUUUUAAGAGCCCCGGCCGUGGUGGUGGCGGCCGCGGAGGAUUUGGAGGACGUGGUGGUGGCGGUCGUGGAGGACGAGGCCGUGGAGGUGGCGGAGGUGGCAUGAGAGGUGGCAAGCAAGUUAUCAUUGAACCUCAUCGUCAUGAAGGUGUCUUCAUCGCCCGUGGUAAAGAAGAUGCCCUCGUAACUAUCAAUAUGGCUCCUGGGGAUGCUGUGUAUGGUGAAAAGAGAAUACAAGUUGAGAAUGAGGGAGCAGACAAAAUUGAAUACAGAGUAUGGAAUCCUUUCCGAUCCAAGUUGGCUGCUGCUAUCCUUGGUGGAGUGGAUCAGAUUCACAUGCCACCAGGUUCAAAAGUUUUGUACCUUGGAGCUGCUUCUGGCACCACAGUUUCACAUGUGUCUGAUGUUGUUGGACCUGAAGGUCUCGUCUAUGCUGUAGAGUUCUCCCACAGAUCAGGAAGAGAUUUAAUUAAUGUUGCCAAAAAGAGAACAAAUAUCAUUCCCAUUAUUGAAGAUGCCAGACAUCCACACAAAUAUAGAAUGCUUGUUGGAAUGGUUGACACAGUGUUUGCUGAUGUUGCUCAACCUGAUCAGGCCCGUAUUGUUGCUCUAAAUGCUCAGUAUUUCUUGAAAAAUGGAGGCCACUUUGUUAUUUCUAUUAAGGCAAAUUGCAUUGACUCCACUGCAGCACCUGAGGCUGUAUUUGCUGAAGAGGUCAAGAAACUUCAGGCAGACAAACUUAAACCCAAGGAGCAGUUGACCCUUGAACCUUAUGAACGAGAUCAUGCAGUUGUUGUAGGAGUUUACAGACCACCGGCCAAAAACGCUGGUUCGUAGUUAUCUCAUUCCUUUCUUAAACUUGUAAAAUCUUGAUUGUGUUGUCUUUGUGCCAUCACAAGUACACUUCAUCUGGCAUUGCUGUCUUUCCUAAACGUAUUGAGUUUAGCUAUGAAUGCUCUAAUUGUUACUGUGGACUUGCCACGUCAGUAAAUUUUAUUAGCCAUUUUGAUGGCUUUGGUUAUGUUUUGAUUUUGAGAUUUACCGUGGUGUAUCAAAUGUGCAGAAAAUGCUAUUUUCUUUUCUGUAGUUUUUUUUUCUCAUUUUCUAACAAUGACUUUGUUCUGCUUUAGUUUCAUCAUAUGUACUGUGAAUGUAUAUAUAUUGGUGCUUCAAAUCUUGUCUGUGAUUGAGAAGGAUUUAAGGAAGCCAGGAGAAUUGUUUUGAAGUUUUAUAUUAUAAAUAAAAGGGCGAGCUAAAAAGAAUGGCCAAACAAA